GAAGACAGGCAAGAGUCGUAUAGACACUGAUCCACAAUCACAUUAUACUGAAAUCAACACAAGAUGUAAAUGAUGGGUGUGACACACGUUUGCACUUAUAAACAUAUGCGGUUGUUGUGUAUGUCUUGGCUCGUCUCAUGUGUCGCAUUCGGUACCAGCGGGAGCGGGACGGUGGUAACCAUUUCCCUGGACGAGCAGAACCGGCUCAUAAUGCAGGCCGAGCUGACUUGUCUUAACAACAGCAUGAAUACGCCAAAACCAGAAAAUGGUUCAUACUGCAGCGUUGCCUGGGAUACCAUUUCCUGCUGGCCGUACACGCGGGGUGGUGAAACAGUGCGUCAACCCUGCCCGAGUUAUGUUAAUCUAUUCGACAGUGCCGAGUUAGCCUCUCGGACGUGUACAGAGUCAGGCACGUGGUAUAUACAUCCUGUCCACAACACCACGUGGUCUGACUACUCAAAGUGUAUUCACAGGAACGGCGGACAUCCUCUCAUAGCUGAACAUAUGCAUCGCAUCACCAUGAUGUACACGAUAGGGUACGGAUCCUCACUGGUGUCUCUGGUGAUGGCUGUGGCGAUCAUGCUUUACUUUCGAAAGCUACGGUGCCCCAGAAAUACCAUCCACGUUAAUAUGUUCGUGUCGUUCAUGCUGAGGGCGGCCAUAUCCUUCAUGAAGGAGAACAUGCUGGUGGAAGGGGUGGGAUUCCGAGCUGACGUCACAACCACGCACACUGGCGCAAUCCAGUUCAUACCUGAGGGGACGCACUGGCAGUGUAAACUGUUCUUCACGGUGUUCCACUACCUGCUCGGCACCAACUACAUGUGGAUAUUUGUUGAAGGCAUGUAUCUCCACACCCUCAUAUCAGUCAACGUGUUCUCAGAGCGGAGCAGCAUCGUCUGGUUCGUUUUAUUCGGAUGGGUAUCACCUGUCCUGUUCGUGGUACCUUGGGUUAUCGUACGAUCUACAUCAGAGGAUUUACUGUGCUGGAAUACCAAUCCUACUGCCGGAUAUUUCUGGAUAAUGAGGGGUCCAAUCGUGGCAUCUGUCGUUAUAAACUUCGUCAUCUUCCUUAAUACUAUACGAAUACUGUUCACCAAGCUAAAAGCAUUCAACACCUUUGAGGCGAGACAAUUCAGGUACAAGAAACUGGCGAAGUCGACCUUGGUGCUGAUCCCUCUGUUCGGCGUCCAUUACAUUAUAUUCGUGGGACUUCCGGAAGAUGUCAGUGAGAUGGCAGAACUCGUCAAAUUGUAUUUUGAGAUGUUUUUUAACUCUUUCCAGGGUUUAUUUGUGACUAUGCUGUUUUGCUUCUUAAACGGAGAGGUUCAAUCGGAAAUUCGGAAGAAGUGGAGAAGAUACAGACUUUCUCAUACAGGGGGUGAGAGUAUAAACCGGAAGUCAAAUACAAUAACAUCGUUUAUGUCUCGUACACGGCGAGAGUCGGCUGUAUCGAACUCAAAUUCUGGUGAAUCGAAGGAAUCCCACCAACAUCUCAACGGCCAUAGUCACAAAGACAGAAAUAGCAACCAGAAAGUGUGCAGCAAAGUUUCACAAUGUCUGCUUAAUAACGGCCACAAUGGGGACAUAAGUAGAAUCUCACAUUCCGAAUUCGACGAGGACGAACCAAUGGUUACGUUCAGUACAUCUAGUAGUGAUCACUGCCAACAUCAGGAACAAGACACUUUAUUUGACCUUCAAGGGCAGUGCGUACAUAAAUGCUAAAGUACGGAAAACAGCGUAGAGGAAAGACCAAAGAAUGAAGCAUGAAUUAAAAGAGAGAAAGAUAGAAAGGAAAACGGAGAAACUGAGAGAGAGAAUAUACGGGUAUUUUUUUUGCUUGGAUAAUGUGUUCAAUAUGUUUGAUAUCUAGCGUUUGUGUAAAAAUCCUUGUCAAACGUCAUGAUAAAGAUAGAUAUUGUUAUCUCUUGUUUGAUAUAAAUUAUUCUAGACAGGUGUUUGACACCUAGAAAUUGAUCUGAAGAUAUGUGUGACUCUGGGGUUCAACUUAAUUUGUUUUGCGAUUAUCGGUUAUAAUGCGUAAUGGUUGAUAACAUUAUACAUGUGCGUGAGUAAUGCUCUUCGGCAAAUAGGUCAAUGACUGACCUCGUAACAGAGUACAUAUAUUGGGCCAUGUGGCACAGAAUUUGUAGCGCGGAACUUCAUAGGGCCGCUGUGUAGUUAUGCAUACGCCGCAUAAACAUUUAAUUAUGCUAGCUCAUCAUUUUUUGGCAAAGUUUGUGUACUUUUGUUAUAAAUGAUCUUCAUAUAUAAGGAUAAAAAAGUGGUAGAAUUUGAUUGACAGAACUUUAAUGUACUUUGUGUUAAGAAAAAAAGUAACAUCUUUUAUCUCUUCCUCUUAGAAAUUUAAUGUGGAGAUGUUUUAAUCUGAGGGAAAUUAUUUUGAUAAUGAUUUUUUGACUAAUUUUGCGACAAUUUGAUUAAGUUUAACUCAACUCCUUGGGGAGCAUACAGCCGGUGCUGCCAUUUCG